GUCACAACAAAUCAAAACAAAACUCAAAUUAAUUUUGGCUCAGCUCAGAACAAAAAGGUAAAAUGUCUUCAACAGUGACCACUACAACCAAUUCCCACUUGAAAAACAAAACCAAAAACCUUCAGCAAGCUACCAGUUCUUCAUCAGACAUCGACCAAGUGCUAGAAAACGUAAAAACUCUGGACAACGUUUGCACUUUUACCAAAUGCAAAAGCAAAACCAACCUCAUAGCAAUUGACUGUAAGUUUUGUAAAGGCAGGUUUUGUACCGCUCACGGGUUGCCAGAGAUUCACGGUUGCGGUGAGGCCGUGAGGCGAGAUGAACGACGUGAGUACAUGCAUCCCGAGCCAAAGUUGUCUCAUGAGAAACACGAUCAGGCACAGACCAAGCUGAACAUCAGAUUGAAGCAGAUGCAGAACGAGAGGAAAUCGAAACAAGGGUAUCAGAAUAAGGGGAAGAAAAAAUAAGAAUUAUUUAUUGUAUUGUAUUUAAUAUAUUAUUGUUUUUUAAUUUAUUUGUACUAGCAUACUUGUGACGUCAUUUUUUUUUUGUAUACAUUAUCCUAGGAGAUUGCAGAUUCCUGUAAUUUUGACAAUUUAUGUCCAUGUCAUGUUGAUUGUUGGGGAUUUGGACGAUUUGAUAUUUUAAAUUUUAAAACCCAUUUCCAAAAAUCUAACCAAAAAGUUUAAAUGUUUCCUAUUUAAUAUUAACAUGUAAGUUUUGUAUAAUGAGUACUACUAAACUCAACCCCUGGACCAAAAACAAUCCUCCGAAAGUAAAAAAAACACCCCAAAAAUUGAAAAAUUUGGGGGGUACAUCUUCGUCUGGAGAGUCCAAGUUUAAGGAAGCCCAAGUUAAACUUCAAAGUGCGGUACAAAAACACAUUAAAGAUUACGAGUCUUCUUCGGAGGAGGAGGAUUUGGAUUCUGCUGGUACUUUAUUAGAUUCGAUCCUCAAACAGUACAAUGACACAGGAGGCACCAACGAUCAAACCAUCAAAACCCAAUCGUUCAUCCAAGAAUCUUUCCUUUCCGGCGCCAACACUUGCCUAAUUUGUAUUUCUCGCGUCAAAAGGGACGAUAAAAUAUGGAACUGCUCCAACUGCUUCGGUGCCUUCCAUUUGGGGUGCAUCCAAAGAUGGUCCAAAGACACCGUCAUGCAACAAAAGCAACGCUUAGAAGACCAAACUGCUCCGCUUGCGAAACGCUUGUGUUGGUGUUGCCCCAAAUGCCGCUCGGAAUACUUCCCAGAGCAAAAUCCCACCAAAUACAUUUGCUUUUGCGGUAAAACCCAAGACCCUAAAUACCAGCCCUUUUUGGUUCCACAUUCUUGCGGAGAACUUUGCAGAAAAGACUUGUUGCCAAAGUGCGGUCACAAGUGCCUGUUACUAUGCCAUCCGGGGCCUUGUCCGCCUUGUCCGGUAACAGUUUCGGCCUCUUGUUUUUGUGGCACGCAGCCACCAACCACUAGAAGGUGCCACAAUAGAGGGUGGUCUUGUGGAAACCCUUGCGGGAAAAUUUUGUCUUGUGACAAGCACACUUGUAGUGACCCUUGCCAUAGUAGAGAAUGUAAACCUUGUGCGAAAAAGAGCGUGCAGAAAUGUAUGUGCGGUAGUCAACAGAAAUUGAGGGAUUGUGCUACACCAAUUUGGCAAUGUGAAAAGGUCUGUUCUAAACUGUUGGACUGCGGCAACCACAAAUGCCAAGAGGUAUGUCAUGCAGGGGUGUGCGAUUCUUGCCCCUUAACAAGACCCAGAUCCUGUCCUUGCACAAAAACCGUCUACAAUUUGCCUUGUACCGAAGAAACCCCAACCUGCGGCUCCACUUGCGAUAAAAUCCUAGAAUGUGGCUUGCACACGUGCAACUACAGGUGCCACAAAGACAAGUGCGGCCAGUGCUUGGAAAUCGUAACUAAGGCUUGUCGGUGCGGCCAGCACUCGAAAGAAAUACAAUGCUGCAAGCCGUUUUUGUGCGAGAGCAAAUGCAAAAAUGCCAGAGAUUGCAACAAGCAUCCUUGUAAUAGGAAAUGUUGCGACGGUAAUUGUCCGCCUUGCGAAAAGCCAUGCGGUAGUACUUUGCAAUGUGGUAAUCAUAAGUGCGCUUCGGUUUGCCACCGGGGGCUUUGCUACCCUUGUCAGCAGACCAAAGAGGUGGCUUGCAGGUGCGGAGCUACGAAAAUUACAGUUCCUUGUGGCAGGAAACAUAAAAUUAAACCUCCGAGGUGUACGAAGCUAUGCAGGAUUCCUCCAGAUUGCCAUCACGAACAACGUGACAAUCACCGGUGCCACUUCAACGAUUGUCCACCUUGCAAACAAGUUUGCAACAAAACGCGAACUUCGUGUCAGCACCGGUGUUCUGCUGUCUGUCAUUCGGCGGUUCUUGUCAAAAUCGAAGCUCAGAAAGCCAGCAUGCCGUGGGAAAGAAGCUCCCCCAAAGUGGAGAAAGUCAAUCAGCCUUGUCCGGAUUGUGAAGUGCCCGUUAAAGUUACUUGUUUAGGUGGCCACGAAACGGCCGAUUGGCCCUGCCACAAGGCAAAACCUACGAGCUGUGGAAGACCAUGCGGCCGAUUAUUAGGUUGCACCAAUCAUACCUGCACCUUACCUUGCCACCAGGAGGAAAACCUAGAAGCGGGUGCUAAUUGUGAAACGUGCGAAAAUCCUUGUACCAAGCCUCGUCCGGAGGGUUGCACGCAUUCGUGUCCCAAACCUUGUCACUCUGGGGAUUGUCCGCCUUGCAAACAAAUGCUCAGAAUCAAAUGUCAUUGCGGUCUUACUCAACCGUACAUUUCUUGUAGCGAUUGGUUGAACUUGGACAAGAGGGAGCAGCUACAAAGUUGUGGCAAUCAGUGUCCAAAAAAUUAUAUUUGUGGUCAUCGGUGUAAAUCAUUUUGCCAUUCGGGCGAUUGCCCCAAUGCGGAUUUGUGCAAGAAAAAAACGAAAGUUUCUUGCAAAUGCAAGCGUUUCAAGAAAGAGUUCCCAUGCGAAAUAGUACGUAAAGGCCUGGCAGUUAUUGAAUGCGACGACUAUUGCCUGCGCAAACAAGAAGCAGACAUAUUAAAGAAACAAUUCGAAGACGAGAGGAGACAGAAAGAAGAGGCGAUCAAGAAUCAGAAAGAGUUGGAGCAAUUUGAGAAGAAGUUUAAUGGAAAGAAGAAGAAUAAAGAUAAGAAGAUGUAUGAGAUGGAAGAGGAUCGUGGUUUUGUUAGGAGAUAUUGGGUUUUGUUAAUGAGUGGCUUUUUAAUUGUUACUGCUGUUGUGGUUUAUCAAGCCAUUGGUUAAAUGUAUGAAAGACUAAAAAGGAGGUCAUUUUUUGAAUAAAAUAAUUUAAACCGCUGA